AUGUCACGACCGCUGAUCGUGCUUCCACGCCCGGGGUCUGACCAGCCCAUCAAUGCGUUGCAUCCGAUCCGAGCACCAUCAGAAACCGCCUUCACAGCGACCUUUGGCAAUGUGCUCCCCAAAGCAAAGUAUAUACAAACUCCGUGUGGCAAAGCCGCCUACUACGAGCUUCAUCCCCAGCCCACAGGCUCUCGACAUAGCCAGUCGCAGCCCAAGAUUUCACGGGUUCUCUUCGUCCACGGUGUCCAAACGUGCGCCAUUGGCUUGCAACCGCUAGCCAGCGCAUUGUCCUCCAAAUUCCCAUCUGCUCACUGUGUCCUUGUGGAUCUUUGGGGCCAUGGACUCACAGAUACCCCUCUGGUCCCUCAUGAGCCGGCACUCUUCCAUGCGCUGCUCGACGCGUUGAUGGACCAUCUUGAUUGGAAAGAUGCUCAUCUCGUGGGGUAUUCGUUUGGCGGAUCGACAACGGCCAGUUUUGCGGUUGCGCAUCCGAAGCGUGUUCAAUCUAUGGCUCUGGUAGCUCCGGCGGGUCUGUUGUUUGCCCGAGACUUUACAGAGGAGGAGAAUGUGUAUCUGCGCGGAGGCGAGGGGCUGGAACAGCGUGCCAAGGACUGGGUUCUUGAGUUUCUGGAGGGUGGAAGAUUGGCUGUUCCUGCGGAUUGGGAGGAUAGGGUCAAACGGGGGGAGGUGGUGGCUGAGGCUGUUCGAGACUGGGAGAUGAAGGAGCACCGGGGCCAUGCCGCCAGCGUGGUGGCUAUUUUCCGCGACGGCGGGGUGUUGGAUAAGGAUGUUGAAUUUAAGAAGGCCGCGAACAGUGGCAUUCCAUAUCUGAACAUAUUGGGCGAGCUUGACGGUGUGUGCAGUGUGGACAAGUUGAAGGCCGUGGGAAUGGAGAAUAUCGAGGUGAUACCACAGGUGGGACAUGGACUCGUGAGGGAGCGAGUGAGCGAAGUUGCUGGACGAAUUGAGCGAUUUUGGAAUUCGCUGUAG